AUGCCCAAGGGCAGGAGCGUCCCGGACCCUCCCUGGUGUAGAGGAAAUGCCUGCAGGCUCUGGAAUGCUCCUUGGCCCCAUCUGGCCCACACAUGUCCUCUCGGUGCCGUGCCUCGAGGAAAAGCAGGAGGCUUCCCAGCAUUCCCGCUGCCUCUCACUGGCCUCGAGGCUGGGGCCACUCCAGAUGCUCCCCCUGCCCUGCUCACCAUCACCCCCGGGCCACUGACCCCCCCUGUCCCCGCAGGGAGCGAUGUGGAGCUGCGGAAGCUGUCGGAGCUGCGGGCGGGGGAGAAGUGCUGCGUGGUGGGGACGCUCUUCAAGUCCAUGCAGCUCCAGCCCUCCAUCCUGCAGGAGAUCAGCGAGGAGCACAACCUGGUGCCUCAGCCGCCCCUGCCCAAGUACAUCCAGCCCUCAGACGAGCUGAUCCUGGAGGAUGAGCUGCAGCGGAUUAAGCUGGAAGGAGCCAUCGAUGUGCAGAGGCUGGUGACAGGGACCAUCGUGGCCGUGUACGGCUCCGAGCAGGAUGAUGGCAGGUUCCUGGUCGAGGAUCACUGCUUUGCUGACCUGCCACCACCCCUGCCCUGGAACGGGCCCAGCUCUGACCGGUUCGUGCUGCUGGCCUCAGGGCUGGGGCUGGGCAGUGGCAGUGGGGAGGCCCUGCUGAGCACCCAGCUGCUGGUGGACGUGGUGACAGGGCAGCUGGGUGCCGAGGGCGAGCAGAGCUGUGCUGCCCACAUCUCCCGAGUCAUCCUGGCCGGGAACCUGCUGAGCCAGAACACGCAGAGCCGGGACACCAUCAACAAGGCCAAGUACUUGACCAAGAAGACUCAGGCAGCGAGCGUGGAGGCCGUGAAGAUGCUGGAUGAGAUCCUGCUGCAGCUCUGCACCUCAGUGCCCGUGGAUGUGAUGCCUGGGGAGUUUGACCCCACCAACUACACACUACCACAGCAGCCCCUGCACCGCUGCAUGCUGCCCCUGGCCAGCCCCUACACCACGCUGCACCUCGUCACCAACCCCUACCAGGCCGACCUGGACGGUGUCAGGUUUUUGGGGACAUCAGGACAAAAUGUCAGUGACAUCUUCAAAUACAGCAGCAUGGAUGACUACCUGGAGAUCUUGGAGUGGACACUGCUGGCAGGACACAUCAGCCCCACAGCCCCAGACACCCUAGGCUGUUACCCGUUCUACAAAUCAGACCCCUUCAUCCUCACUGAGUGCCCUCACGUCUACUUCUGUGGGAACGCGCCCCGCUUCCAGUCCAAACUGCUCCAAGGGGCAGAGGGGCAGCGGGUGCUGCUGGUGACGGUGCCCGACUUCAGCACCACACAGACCGCCUGCCUGGUCAACCUGCAUGACCUCACCUGCCAGCCCAUCACCUUCUCUGGCUUUGGGGACGAGGACGGGGACGGGGACAUGGAAGUUGGACACUGACCGCAAGGAGGACAUGGACUCCAUUGCCCCUGCCCCUCAGGGGGUCCUGGCACCCACCACCCUUGUCUGUCCUCUGGGAGGGUGGCACGGAACUGGGGGGGCACCAGAGGGACAAGAUGCUUGUACCAAUAUAACUUGAUUUAUUUGUGUAACAAAAA